AAGAAUUAUUGUCUGAUUUAAGAAGUGAUUUGUCAGAAAUGGAGUCGGAACCUUUUCAAAGCAGCGGCUCAGAAUAUAUCGUAAAUGAAAAAGUGUCAGAAUCUGAUGACACCGAACCAGAAGAAGAAAGUGCAGGGUCGGUGCCACCAAAGGGAAAACGAGUUAAAGCUAAUAAAACGAAUAAAAUUAAGGAUUAUUUCAUAAUAAGAGUAAGAAAACUACUGACAAACAAGGCAAAUGUACCCUAUGUGUCGUAAAAAAUACAGUUUUAAAAAUGAAAAGCUGUGGAACAUCUUCACUAAGGAGGCAUUUGCAAGCUAAACACACUAGAGUCUACGAAAACAUUUUUGGUAGAUCCAGCCCACCUAAAUCCGAAGCAGAAGCCUCUGCCAGUUCGAAUAGGCGUAGCACAAUUACAAAUUGGCUUGAGAAGGGUGGGCAUUUUAUUAGGGGCGUAAGCAUACCUCUUCCUCAGAAACUACAGGGUUCGGUGCAGCAGUUUUUGGGCACCCUGCAUCAAUAA